GAGGAUCCCAUCCGUGAUCGCAUACGCCGCAAUCUCUCCGCUCUUGUUCAGAAUGCUACCUCCAACGCUGGAUCAGGGACAAAACCAACGCCAUCUUCCACUGGCGAUACUCCGACACAACCACCCGCCAAACUGAACGCCCGUGCUCUGCAGAGGGCCGCCAAAAUCUUCGACCUCAGGCUGUGA